UCAAGUUCCCAGCAGCUUCUAGGAAGCUUCCUUUUACCCACCGCUGCAAAGGAACGUGUGAGAGCUGCCCAGAGGGACGAGGGAAAGACCAUGAAGACGUUACUCAUUGUCACACUUCUGGCUGCAUUAGCAGUGGUUGCUCUGUGCUAUGAGUCCCAUGAAAGCAUGGAAUCUUAUGAAAUGAGUCCCUUCAUUAACAGGCGAAGGGCCAACAGCUUUAUGUCACCUGAGCAGAGAUGGAGGGCUAAAAUCCAGGAGAGGACCAGAGAACGCACCAAGCCUACCUAUGAAAUCCAGCGGGAAGCAUGUGAUGAUUACGCUCUCUGUUCACGCUACGCCUUUAUUCACGGAUAUGGUUCUGCCUAUAAUCGUUAUUUCAGACAGCUAAGAAACAACUAAGUCUGGGACUUUGGAGUCUCCCCUUCCCAGAGCCUGGAGCCUGGAUUUGUAUGCAAAUACAGUAGUAUAAUGGAAACAUAUGGAUCACUUGUUAACUGCAUGUUCCUUCGUUUUCUAUUUUUGUCUACUUUCUUAUCAAAAGAUUAUUAGAUUCUCCAUUACAUCUUUCGAUAACAGUGUAGUGGACGUCAGAGGGGAACUGGGAUUUGUGCUUACUGCGAAAUAAACUCCUGGUUUGAUACCUUUAUUCUGUAAGUUUAAUUUUUACAAGACCCUGUUGAGUUGCUUAAUAUCCUGCACACCUAACUCACUGCAGGAUCUGUCAAAGGGGACAUUGAACACAUAUAUAGCAUCAAUUAGAAACUGAAUUUCUUAAAUCCUCUUACUGAUGGAAUCCUUUCAAUGAACAGGGGGGAGGAGGGGAGGAAAAGAGGAGAGAAGUCUAAUAUGCCAUUUAGAUAUCCAUGAUAUUCUUUUAUCCCUCUCUAUCAAAGUUUGGUGCUUGAUUAUUUCCACUAACACAUUACUGAGUUUUUUGCUUAUGCAACUUUUAAAUGUCAUUAAUUUUUAUGAGAGGAGGGAGUCAUUGGGAAGUGACAAUGAUGUCAAAGAAGAAAAAAGCAUCAAUAAAACAUUUAAGAAUUUUUUAAAAUA